AUGUCAGCUUCGGAAGAUCAUAGAUUGGAAAAUAAAAAUGACAAAGUCCGUCACAAAUGCGAUGAGUGCGGCAAAAUUUUCGGAGUUAAAAGUAAAUUAAUGCAGCACAUCGAUGGAGUUCACUUAAAACUCAGAGAACACAGGUGCAAAAAAUGUGAAAAGACAUUUCGUUAUAAAAGUGACUUGAAUAGACACAUUGCGUUAGUUCAUGAAAAAAUCGAAGAUCACAAAUGCGAAGAGUGUGGCAAGUCUUUUGGACAAAAAUCUAAUCUUAAGAAGCACAUCGAUCUAGUUCAUUUACAACUCAAAGAUCACGAGUGCAAAGAAUGUGGCAAAUUUUUCAGGGGAAAGGAUAAUUUGUUGAAGCAUAUAGAUCAAGUUCAUUUGCAAAUUAAAGAACAUAUGUGCAAAGAGUGUGAAAAAGUGGUUUUGAUGAGGCACUUAGAUGUAGUUCAUUUGAAACUCAAAGACCACGAGUGCAAAGAAUGUGGCAAACUUUUCGGAAAAAAAUGUAAUCUUAUGCAGCACAUAGAUCAAGUUCAUUUGGAACUCAAACAGCACAAAUGCGAAGAGUGCGGCAAGUCUUUUGGACAAAAAUCUAAUCUUCAGAGGCAUAUCAAUCUAGUUCAUCUACAACUCAAAGAUCACGAGUGCAAAGAAUGUGGCAAAUUUUUUGGGGGAAAGGAUAAUUUGUUGAAGCAUAUAGAUCUAGUUCAUUUGCAAAUUAAAGAACACGAACGCAAAGAGUGUGGCAAAUCUUUUGGAGAAAAGAGUAAGUUAAAGAAGCACAUCAAUGAAGUACACUUAAAUCUUAUAAAACACAUAUGCGAAGAAUGUGGCAAAUUUUUUGGGGGGAAGGAUAAUUUGUUGAAGCAUAUAGAUCUAGUUCAUUUAAACCUUAAAGAACACAUGUGCGAGGAAUGUGGAAAGUCCUUUAGUCAAAAGAGUGACUUAAAUAAACACAUUAAUACAGUUCAUAAAAAUAUGAAAGAUCACAAAUGCGAAGAGUGUGGCAAACUUUUCGGACUAAGAAGUAACCUUAUGAAGCACGUAGAUGUAAUUCAUUUGCAACUAAAAGAGCACAAUUGCGAAGAGUGCGGCAAGUCUUUCAGUUAUAAACAUAUCUUGAAUAGACACAUUUUCACAGAACAUGGAAAAAUCAAGGAUCACAUGUGUGAAGAAUGA